UCAAACAUCAGCCAAAUCUCUCUAACUCUGAUUUGAGUCGUAAAAUGUCGUCUCAGCCUAAAGACUAUUUUGACCAAUCGCUCUUAUAAAGAUCUUGGACAGAGUUUCUGGGCACUUCUCAGUACGUGAAGGUUUUCCGCUGCCAUCAGGGUGUCGUCAUUGACGAUUCUGGUCUGGUAUGAGCUAGAAAUCAACAUUAGAGUUGAACUGAACACUAAAUGAACUCUCGUUCCGUCCGUGUGUUCAGGAAUGGAGUCGGCUGGCAUCCACGAGACGAAUUACAACAGCAUCAUGAAGUGCGACGUGGACAUCCGUAAGGACCUGUACGCCAACACCAUGCUAUCCGGUGGCACCACCAUGUUCCCCGGCAUCGCUGACCGCAUGCAGAAAGAGAUCACCGCCCUGGCCCCACCCACCAUGAAAAUCAAGCCUGCAGGUCUAACUUCAAGGUGUUGUCUCCUGACUUGGUCCAUCCAUUCAUCCAUUAUCUGUAACGUGGGCGGGGCUGGAGCCGAUCCCAGCUGGCUUUAGGCGAAGGCGCAGUACACCCUGGACAGGUCAGUAAAAGUACUAAUUGUGAAUUGUUGUACUAUU